AUGUCUGAUAAUAAAAUACGUUUUUGCCUCGUCAAUGGUGAUCCUAAAAAGAAAGCUUUUACUGUUACCAUUGGAAUAAAUGAUUAUGUUGGCGUUCUCAAAAAGAAAUAUUGCUGUCAACGAUAUUAUGCUAUGGAAACUAAAAACAUUUUAUUCAUACUUAAAUGUGACCUUCUCAAAAUUGUCUUUGAUGAGAAUGUGAGAAGUUUACGUAUUACUGUAUUUGCAUCUGAGUAUGUAGCUGAAAAAGUAACUGAUAAAUUUAUAGAAAAUUAUAAAACACGAUUAAGGCAUAUUGUAACAGAAAGCUCAUCGAUAAAUGGACUCAAAGGUAGAGUAAAUGAAGGUAUUAUACAUCGAAUUUUACAAAAGGGAGGAAGAUUUAAUGUUCGUUGUUUAGAUUCUGACAUAAGUUCUAUAAUUAAACUUCCCGAACGUACCAAAAAAUUAAUGUUUAAUGACAUUAAUGAGAUCAAAGAAGAUAACCGUGAUUAG